AUGGCUGCUGAGAUUACACAUGAUAAAAAAGGGAAACCUCUGGGUUCUAUGACACUGUUGUCGUCUGCAGCUUGUGAAUGGUUCUUGAUGUUUCUGCUGUUUGUGGAUGCAGCAUUUUCGUAUUUGCUUACAAAAUUUGCUAAUUAUUGUGAACUGAAAAUACCUUGUUUGUUAUGCUCAAGGCCUGAUAUUGUUAUCCUGGAUAAGAAACCUAGAUGUUACUGGAGCGUAUUAUGCAGCGAUCACAUAGGAGAGAUUUCAUCCUUGGUAUCUUGUUCUGUUCACAAUAAACUUGCUGAUAUUAAUGGGAUGUGUGAAGAAUGUCUAAUGCCAAUUGCCAUGGAGAACAAAUCUAAUUCUGAAUCAUAUAGGUUGUUGGUGGGUAAAUUAUUGGUGGAUGUUGAGAGAUCCGUUCUACAGAAUUUAAUGUUGAAUAAGAAUAUACGGCUUGUUUCUUCUGGUCAAAGGGCUUGUUCCUGUUGUAACAAGACAUGGAAAGCAAAAUUGAAUGCUGAAAGAUUACACGAACUAACCUCAGUAGGUUUUGGGGCGUCUAAAGCCAAUGUCAAGCCCCCUCUGCCUCGUGUACCUGGUCGUAGUCGAUUCAGCCGUCGGGAUAGCUUCAAGAGGUUAAGAGAUAAAUUUGCGGGACAAGUGAAAAAUCAGCCUGUCGGGAACAAGAGUGUUGACUCGAUGUCUCAUGUAGGGUAUACAAAGUUGAAUAUCACUUCUGAUUCUGAUUCGGAGGUCCCUCUCUCUGAUGAUGAUGACUAUGGAAAAUCUGGCCUUCAUGGAAUAAAUGAUAAUACAAAGAGUUCUGUACCUAGAACACUAACUGAAAAUGUGUUAUCAGAAAAACAGGGCCAUCAAGCUUCUGAACCGAUAACUUCACUUCUUGAUCAAUCAGUUCUGUGUGAUGUAAGAGAGCUCAAGAAUAAGAUAUCUGUGACAUCAGAUGAGCUUAAGUUGGACCAAUCUCAUUCAAAGCCUAAUUUAUCUCAAAUGGCAGAGCUUAUAUCAUUUGAUGAUGGAUUCCAACCACCAGCUGUUGAAGGAGUUCCUUUUGAUGCAACAAUAGAGACAAACAAAAGCAAUCCUUCUCUCUCUCAUAUGCCUGCCCUCUCCCUACUAUCUGAGCUUCUUUCACUGAACAAUGUUCCUUCCUCUGCCAAUAUUGGAACAGAACAACGAAACUUGGCAGAUGUUGAAGGAACCAGUUACGAAGAAAAUGCAUCUGUGGCCAGACAUAUAGCAGCUGAAAUGGAAAGCUCUUUGGAGCAUGUUUUUGUUAUGAAUCUUACUGAUGCAUCAUCUCCCAAUGAUGAAGGUAUGGGGCCAAUUGUUGUCAGUGAUUGCACUAAAAUUGAGGAGGAUACAAAGUCCCCACAACAGGUAUCCAGUUCUGACAUGGGUCUAACGUCAAAAACUAAGAGUCCGAGAGCUCAUAGUCAUCUCGGUGCAAUUCCAAAAUGUGAAGAUACUAGUCCACGUGCUCUUCUUGUUUCAGCCUCGCUGGAGAGACAUGAUUCUGGCUGUGAAUCGUUGGAUGGAAUCAGUGUAAGUGAGAUUGAAGGUGAAAGUUCUGUUGAUCGCCUAAAACGACAGGUUGAGUAUGACAGGAGUUGCAUGAAUGCGUUAUAUAAAGAGUUGGAGGAAGAAAGAAAUGCGGCUGCCAUUGCUGCAAAUGAGGCAAUGGCCAUGAUUACAAGAUUGCAAGAGGAGAAGGCUGCACUUCAUAUGGAAGCCUUGCAAUACUUAAGAAUGAUGGAGGAACAAGCAGAGCAUGAUAUGGAAGCACUGGAAAAGGCUAAUGAACUCCUAGCUGAAAAGGAGAAAGAAGUGCAAGAUUUGGAAGCAGAGUUAGAGUUAUACACAAAUAAUUUCCUAAAUGAGUCAAUGGCCAAAGAUCCGCUUAAAUUGGAGAGAAAAAACUUAAUUAUUGAGAAUCAUGAUGAGAAUAGUCCUGCGGGUCCUAGUGAUUCAAUAUCUACUGAAAUUUUAAAAGGUAUCUGGAAAUCUGAACUUGUGAAUAUUUCAAUAUUAAACUUCGAGGAUGAAAAACACUACAUUUCGGAAUGUUUGAAGAAGUUGGAGGAAAAACUUCAUCAAUCUGCCUCUAAUGGGAUAUCAAAGGGCAUGCCAAAUGGCGUGAACUCUGAAAAUUUUACAAGUAAAGUUGAUGAUCUGGAAAACUUAUCUGUCAAUGGGAAGACUCUGUUAGAUGAACAUAAUGAGAACAGCAGUUUGCCAUUGCAAAAAGAUGUAUCAGGAUCAAAUAGAAGUCCUUCACAGGACAUACCUAGUGAUUUAGUCGAGGACAAUCAUUUUGUUUCUGAAACAAAUGCUACUAUGGAUAGUGAUGGGGGUAAAUUGUCCAUGAAUAGAGAUCAAAUAAACUUGGGUACACUUGAGAAAGGAAUCGCAGACCUUCGUGACCGGUUGGAAGCACUUGAGACUGACUGUGAUUUCCUCAAGCAUGCUUUUAAUAUGCUCCAAAAUGGAAAUGAUGGAUUACAAUUCAGAUCGAAGUCCUUUGAGGCGUGGCUAGUGCUAUGGCUGGCCACAUCGCCGUCGGAAGAGGUGAUGCCUCUUUGGAGCUCCCAUUGCCUCCAACGAUGUCUACAUGUUGGGUUGGGAGUAGAUACAUUAGAAUUGGUGCUUGCGGCGUUGGAAGAUGUUGAUGUGGAAGGAUUGCCAUCGUCUGAAUCGGUGGCGGUGGAGUUCUUGCGAUGA